AUGGCUGACCGAUUCCCAUCUCUCGACGACUUCUCCGCCGAACCCUCUGGCACCAUUGGCAGUCCCACCGGAACUGCUAGUAGCGAAGACUUUCUAGCCCGCGAACGUGCCCUCCUGGGUGAAGAUGCGGAUCAGUUUGCCACGCCAAACGACCAACGACUCCAAACAGCUGCGACAGUGCAAGAUGCUGGAGAUGAUGGUAUGCUAGUGGUUGGUGGUGGAGGGGAGAACCUUGAAGGUGUAGAGGCAGUUGGCAGAUUUGACUCGUCAUUUCCAGCCCUAGAAUCACAAAAUGAGCAAGUCGCACCGGGCGGAACCAUCACAGGCACAUCCUCCGCCUUCCAAUCGUCAUACUCCACAUACAAGCAACCAGAAGAAGAAACGGAAGCAAUUCGUGAAUGGCGCAAAAAACGCGAUGAAGAACUCGCUCGCCGCUCCGCCGCCUCCGCCGAGCGUAAAGCAGCCACAAUCACCAAGGCCCAGCAGGAUAUCGACGACUACUACGAAUCAUAUAACAAGCGCACAGACCGCGCCAAGGAGCGCACGCGAAAUGAGGCAGAGGAUUUCCUUGCUAACCGUGAAGAUACGGCGGCGGGAGGCACGAGUUGGGAGCGCAUUGCGAAGUUGGUUGAUGUUAGUGGGAAGGGAUCGAAGGGGGGUGCGAGUGGGUCUGGGAAGGAGAGAUUUAGGGAGUUGCUGAUUGAGUUGAAGAAGGACGAGGGGGCGCCGGGGGCUGCGGGGGUUUAA